AUGGCGGACCUCCUGGGCUCGAUCUUGAGCUCGAUGGAAAAGCCUCCAACCGUCGGCGACCAGGAAAGCCGACGGAAGGCCCGAGAGCAGGCGGCCAGGCUGAAGAAGAUGCAAGAGGAGGAGAAGAGAAAGAAAGCAGAGUUCAGAAAAAAGAUGGAGAAGGAGGUGUCUGACUUUAUCCAGGACAGCGCACUGCAGAGGAAGAAAUAUGAUCCCAUGGGGAAGAUUGAGCGGAGCAUCCUACAUGAUGUGGCAGAGGUCGCUGGCCUGACGUCGUUUUCCUUCGGCGAGGAUGAAGAGAGCAGAUAUGUCAUGCUCUUUAAAAAGGAGUUUGCUCCGUGUGAUGAGGAACUGGAGGCUUACAGGAAGGGUGAGGAGUGGGACCCACAAAAAGCUGAAGAAAAACGCCGUCUGAAAGAGAUGGCUGCAUUGGAGCAGGAGGCUGCCAGUCAAACGGUGAAGCGGCCUGUUUCGCCUAACUCUAACUACAGGGACAAAUACAGCCACCUGAUUGGCACGUCAGCCGCCAAGGAUGCCGCCCACACGCUGCAGGCCAAUCGAGCAUACGGCUGUGUCCCUGUGGCCAAUAAGAGAGACACGCGCUCCAUAGAGGAGGCCAUGAACGAGAUUCGAGCUAAAAAACGGCAGAAAAAAGAGGAAGACGACACCGGGGCAGGAGGAAGCAGCAGCAGCUUGUGAGAGGACUGUGUGUGUGUGUGUGUUUAAGUGAG